AUGUCUUUUGCUUCCAUUUAUGUAUCGUUUCUUCUGCUUCUAACCCUCGUCAACGCCGCACCGUUUGCGCUUCAAAAGAGAGCGAUUUCUCAAGAUUUGUUCAAUGAACUGUCAUUCUUCGAACAAUACUCGGCUGCCGCAUACUGUCCGAACAAUAACGUGGCCACUUCCACCUCCAAUAUUACGUGCGCGGCUGGGAACUGCCCCCUUGUUCAAUCGGCCGGGGCAGAGUCACUACUUGAGUUCCAAAAUGAAGGCCUAGAGGACGCGACUGGAUUCGUGGCUGUCGACCAUACAAAUCAGCUGAUAGUAAUGUCCUUCCGAGGCACUACAUCAUUCGAAAACAUACUCGCAGACAUCAAUUUGGUGAUGGAACCUUGGGACGUGUGCGAUUCGUGCACCGCACAUUCUGGCUUCCUUGAUUCCUGGCAGACUGUCAAACCACAGAUUCAGAACGUUCUCGCCAACGCCAAAGCUACUUAUCCUUCAUACCAGAUUAUUUCUACAGGCCAUAGCCUAGGCGGUGCAGUAGCGACGCUGGCUGCUGCUGACCUGAGAAGCUCAGGCUACGACAUUGCUUUGUACACAUACGGAUCGCCGAUGACAGGAAACUACUUUCUGGCAACGUUUAUCACGAACCAGUCGGGUGGCAACUACCGCGUGACCCAUGCCCAGGACCUGAUCCCCAAGCUGCCAGGCUACCCAAUCUUUGCCCACGUUUCACCCGAAUACUGGAUCACAUCGGCUACUAACGUAGCGGUGACGGUGAACGACAUCCAGGAGAGCACCGGCGUGUAUGAUUUGCAGGGUAAUCAGGGACAACUGGACAGCAGCAUUACGGAUCAUGGUUGCUUUCGCCAGUCUCCCAUCGUGCAGAAACUCAAACCUUAUGGAGCCGACAACAAGCCUGAGAAAGGCCUGAAGUUCCAGGACGCGGAACUCAGCAGAGAGCAGAUAUUGUCUAUCUUCGGACGCCACGCGCCACCUACUGAGUAUGCGAAUCGACUGCUUCGAAUCCUCCAUGGCCGCCGCCACGAUGGAACGCUGGAUCUGCCGCUUCCCAAGGACGUCGAGUCGCAGUUGGGGAAAUUCCCUCAUGCAGUCGAGGACGGUCUACGCUAUUUGAGGCAGACGUAUCCAAUCGACGAAGAUGAGGCGAUUCUGUACCGCAUUGAGCGAGAAGAGGACGAACUUCCAAAAGACCAUCCUUCGGUUUUAAUGCAACGGGGACAAGAUAUUGGUCUCUAUAGAGCACAUAACCCAUCGGAAGAACCCUACUACGGUCCCCAGAGCGGGCACUAUCAGGCCGAACUGAGCGAAAAGGAAAGCGAUCCGUAUGGAAGGAGUGAACUGGACAGGAUCCGUGCAGAAAAUGAAGCCAAACGCGAACAGGAAGAGGCGGAAUUGCAGGCACAAAUCGAUAAUGAAAUGGAGAAACUCGAAAAGAUCCAGACUGAGCGAUCGAAAGCCCUCGCCGCACGUCCAGAACAAGGAUUAGAGACGGCCAAGGAGCUGAGGCCGCCCAACAGUUUUGAGAGAUGGGUGCUGAGAGCUCGUAACCGAGCCCAGUCUAAGCUGACGCUCGAAUCGCCAGAGAUCGCUCAGAUGACCAUGUUGCAGCGCCUCUUUCCUUCACUUCUCCUCGUUGCCUUGUUAUGUGGUGGUUCCUACCUCUUUGCCCAGGCCUGGACUCGACCAAAGCAGUCCGACCGACUCUUUCCAGCGGUGUCGCUUUCAUUCGCCACCAUUGGCACUCUGAUUGCCAUCAACACCGUUGUGUGGCUGGCUUGGAAGUUCCCGCCUUGCUGGUCUAUGCUGAACAAAUACUUCUUGUUUGUUCCCGCCUAUCCUUAUGCACUCAGCAUGCUGGGAAACUUGUUUAGCCACCAAACACUAUGGCACUUGACGAUGAACAUGGGCGCUUUGGCGAUCUUUGGUCUUCCUCUUCACGAAGAAAUCGGCCGCGGUAACUUUCUAUCCAUUUACUUCACCUCGGGUCUGAUAGGAGGCUUUGUGAGUUUUGCGCGCCACGUUGCUCAACGCAAUUUGGCAACUUCUGUUCUUGGGGCGAGUGGAUGCGUGUAUGGCAUCAUAUCUGCAUAUCUUGCCCUCCACUCCCGCGAUAACUUCUCUCUUAUAUUUAUUCCCCACGAGUGGACGGACAAACUGUCUUUCAACGGCCAGACAGUCUUGGUGCUCCUUACCGUGAGCCAAGUUUUUGGAGCACUAGGGCGUCUGGGAAGGUACGACUACAUUGACCACUUAGGGGGGAUGGCGGUGGGUUACGCCUAUGCUCGAUGGCUACAGAGCAAAGGGCAUAGGCGAAGGGAAGACACGACCAGACUGGGUUCAUGGUGGACGAACCUGGUCGGGAAAAAGCCGUGA